GACACUCGGUCGGCCCGAAAAGGCGACUUGAGAGACACGCUCAAGGAGAAGAGAGGGGAGUCCACAGCGACCUCCAAGGUCGGUUCUGAGGAGCGACGGACGACAGUCGGGGAUAAAGGUGCAGCCGAGCUGUGGAAAAUGUACGAACAACUGGAGAAGCGGCUGGAUGCCCAGAACCCCUAUCGCCAGGCGGUCUUCAGUGAGGUAACGCCCUUCUCCAGGAGGAUAAUGUCCUGCCCUCUCCCAGAUAAUUUCAAGACUCCCCAGAUCAAGGCAUACAAUGGGACGACCGAUCCCCAAGACCACCUCGCUCGUUUCGGGGCCAACGUAGUCAUGUACGCGUAUCCAGAAGAAAUCAAGUGUCGGUGCUUCCUGGCGACACUGGAAGGGCAGGCUUGUGAGUGGUUUCACAAGUUACCCAAGGGGUCGAUAGAUAAGUGGGGCGACCUGGCCCACAAGUUCUUGGAGCACUUCGCGUCCAGCCAGAGACAAAAGCUCCCCUUCUCGCAUUUGCUCAAUGUGAAGAUCCGGAAGGGGGAACAGCUCCGGGAGUUCAUUAAUAGGUGGGAGAAGGAGGCUAGGGAUGUCCAAGGGGCGGACGACCAAGCCCUGAUCGCCAUGCUCCAAGCUGCACUCCCCCAAGGGGAUGUGCGUAAGGAGCUGCGACGGAAUCCUCUUUCGACCUAUCAAGAGAUGUUGGCCAGGGCGAAGUACCUGGCGCUAGAAGAGGAAGAUGAUGAGCCACCAGUCCGGAAGGAGAAGAAAAGCGGGCCACCAGUGGCAGAAGGAAAGAAGAGGAAGGAAUAUGGUAAGGGGCCGAACCCCACCGGGUAUCAUGCGAACAGGCAUCCCGUUCACGCGGUACAGUCGUUGCCGGCCCCUCCUCAUGGUCGGGAAAGCUAUGGUGUGCAAGAUGCACCCAAAUACUGUGAGUACCACCGUAACAGCACCCAUAACACGUCGGAGUGCGUUACGCUGAAGAAGGAGAUGGAUCAGCUGAUCGCUAGAGGGCCACCUCCUCGGUCAGAGCGACCGUCCACAAGUAACCGGACCUGGAGGAGGCUGCCAGCCCCCACGGCAGCGAUCACAGCAGGAGAGGGGCAAGAAGAUGGACGGCGACACCUAGGGCGAGAUUGUGAUGACCUAGAUGAGGAGGAGAGGCAAGGUCGCCGACACCUGGGGUGUCGGUUCAUCAUGGGAGGAAACACUGGAGGAGAUUCGGUAUCCUCCCGGAAGAAGUGGAAGAACAUGGUGUACCUUGCCGAGGUACAAAGGCCACCGUUGCCUAAGCGAAAGAAGAAGGAGCCUCUGAUCUUUACAGACGAGGAUUAUCCCCCAGUCCUCAGUCCUCACAGGGACGCUCUGGUGGUAAGAGUGGAGAUCAAUAAUGUGGUUGUUCACCGAACCUUGGUCGAUACGGGCAGCUCGGUUAAUGUACAUCAACACCUUUAAGGAGUUGGGAUUGUCCCGAAGCGACCUGAAGCCAAUCCAUACGCCGCUGUCAGGAUUUACAGGGGAUAAUAUCAAAGCAGAAGGAACUAUCACGGUAAAGGCCGGGGUAGGAGAUGGCACCCACUGACUCUGGGUCGACAUGGAAUUUAUGGU